AUGCCUCAACUCCUGAACAGCAUACUCAAUGUGAUCGAGGUGUUCCAGAAAUAUGCCAAAGAGAAUGGGGACUGUGCCUCACUGUGCAAGGAGGAGUUGAAACAGCUGCUCUUGGCUGAGUUUGGAGACAUCCUCCGGAGACCAAAUGACCCAGAGUCUGUGGAAACCAUCAUGAGCCUUUUAGACAGAGACAGAAACGGACAUGUUGAUUUUAAUGAGUAUCUCUUAUUGGUGUUCCAAUUGGUCCAAGCCUGCCAUCAUAAGCUAGAUAAUAAACCAUGUGGAGAUAGAACCUCCCGGCGAGAAAGGGGACAGGAAGGAACACAAGACUAUAAGUUUCUAGGAAACUCAGGCAGGCAACACAGGCAGAGGCAUGAGGAAGAAAGGCAGGACUCCCACUACAUUCAGUCUGAGAGACAGGGUCAGGAUUCCCACAAUGGUCAGUCUGAGAGACAGGGUCAAGACUCCCGCCAUGAUGAGUCUGAGAGACAGGGUCAAGACUCCCGCCAUGGUCAGUCUGAGAGACAAGGUCAGGACUCCCGCCAUGGUCAGUCUGAGAGACAGGAUGAGGAUUACAGCUUUGAUCAGACAGAGAGACAAGGUCAAGAUUCUAGCUCUGGUAAAAGACUGAGUCAUAAAUCUAGCAGUGGCCAUCCUAAAAGGCAAGAAUAUAUCUUUUCCUUAAAUCAGUGUGAGAAACCAGUUCAGGAUUCUCAUUAUGGUCAGUCUGAAAGGCUUGGGCAACAAUUAAGCUGUGGCCAAUCUGGAAGACUUGUACAAGACUCUUGCUCUAGCCAGACAAACCAACAGGAAUCAGACUCUUAUUAUGGAUGGUCUGGGAGGAUGGGUCAGGAAUCAGGCUAUGGCCAGAGAGAUAAGCAAGGACUGGAUUCUCACUAUGGUCAGACAGACAGACAAGGCCAGAGUUCUCACUAUGGUCAGACAGACAGACAAGGCCAGAGCUCUCGAUAUGGCCAGACAGACACACAAGGCCAGAGUUCUCACUAUGGUCAGACAGACAGACAAGGCCAGAGCUCUCGAUAUGGCCAGACAGACACACAAGGCCAGAGUUCUCACUAUGGUCAGACAGACAGACAAGGCCAGAACUCUCGAUAUGGUCAGACAGACAGACAAGGCCAGAGCUCUCGAUAUGGCCAGACAGACAGACAAGGCCUAAGCUGUCAAUAUGGUCAGACAGACAGACAAGGCCAGAGUUCUCAGUAUGGUCAGACAGACAGACAAGGCCUGAGCUGUCAAUAUGGUCAGACACACAGACAAGGCCAGAGUUCUCAGUAUGGUCAGACAGACAGACAAGGCCUGAGCUGUCAAUAUGGUCAGACAAACAGACAAGGCCAGAGUUCUCACUAUGGUCAGACAGACAGACAAGGUCAGAGUUCUCACUAUGGUCAGACAGACAGACAAGGCCUGAGCUGUCAAUAUGGUCAGACAGACAGACAAGGCCAGAGUUCUCACUGUGGUCAGACAGACAGACAAGGCCUGAGCUGUCAAUAUGGUCAGACACACAGACAAGGCCAGAGUUCUCACUAUGGUCAGACAGACAGACAAGGCCUGAGCUCUCAGUACGGUCAGACACACAGGCAAGGCCAGAAUGCCCACUAUGGUCAGUCACAGACUGGGGAAAUUGAAAUACAAAGGCAAAAUAGGUAUUUCCAAGGGACUGAGGGGACAAGAAGGGACUCAGAUGUUGAGCAAUCAGGAAGAUCAGGGAGACUAAAUCAACAGACUCCAGGACAGGAAGUGUACCAAAACCAGGGAGAGGGAUUCCAGUCUAGGGACGUGCAACAGGACAGCCACCAGGUAUGGGAGCCUGAGGAAGAUAGCCAACACCACCAACACAAGCUCUUAGCACUACUCCAGCAAGAAGAACCACUCUGCCACAAGGGGAGAGACUGGCAAUCACACAGUAGUGAACAGGGCCACAGACAGGCCCAGACCAGGCACAGCCAUAGCGAGGGGCAGAGACAUGGGGCAGAGGAAGAGCAGAGUCAUCAAAGCCAGGACAAACACAGCUAUGGGGGGCUGGAAAGUUCAUGGGAAGCACAGGACAGGCAAACCCAUGAAGAUGAGCAGAACCGUCAGAGGCGAGACAGGCAAAGCCAUGAAGAUGAGAAGAACCGUCAGAGGCGAGACAGGCAAAGCCACGAAGACGACCAGAACCGUCAGAGGCGAGACAGGCAAAGCCACGAAGACGAGCAGAACCGUCAGAGGCGAGACAGGCAAAGCCACGAAGACGACCAGAACCGUCAGAGGCGAGACAGGCAAAGCCAUGAAGAUGAGAAGAACCGUCAGAGGCGAGACAGGCAAAGCCACGAAGACGACCAGAACCGUCAGAGGCGAGACAGGCAAAGCCACGAAGACGACCAGAACCGUCAGAGGCGAGACAGGCAAAGCCACGAAGACGACCAGAACCGUCAGAGGCGACACAGGCAAAGCCACGAAGACGAGCAGAACCGUCAGAGGCGAGACAGGCAAAGCCACGAAGACGAGCAGAACCGUCAGAGGCGACACAGGCAAAGCCACGAAGACGAGCAGAACCGUCAGAGGCGAGACAGGCAAAGCCACGAAGACGAGCAGAACCGUCAGAGGCAAGACAGGCAAAGCCACGAAGAUGACCAGAACUGUCAGAGGCGAGACAGGCAAAGCCACGAAGACGACCAGAACCGUCAGAGGCGAGACAGGCAAACCCGGGAAGAUGAGCAGAACCAUCACCAACAAUGGGAUAGGCAAAACUACCAGGAGAAAGAGACGUAUCAAGGGUCCCAGGAUCAACAAUCCCAAGUCACCCAGCAAGGCUGUCUUAACAGAGAAAAAUUCUGCACGAAUGAGGAUGAGCAGAGCCGAGGCUCACAGGGAAGACACAGGGAGCCAAACUUCCAUCCAACCCAGAGUGGUGGGAGGCCUCAAAGAAGAGAACAAGGUGGAGAUCACCCCACCAAAGCAGCUAUUGUUCCCAACCCCCUCUAUGACUAUGUGCAACAGCAGAAAUCGCAUCAGUACUAG